AUGAACAGGAUCACGAUGAGGUAUGAAAUAGUGUUUACUGUUGGGCUGUUUGCGACUGUUUUAUCUCCUUCCUUUCAGGGCGAUAUGGUUGGGUACAAGUGGGCCACAGAAUCUAUAAACUGGAGUGCGAUUACCAGGCUCGUCGGCGUCAACGACAAGUACCACAACGCUGGUGAGUUCGAGACACUGUGCAGGAUUUACAGAAUUACGCAGGCUGAAGCUCCACAACCUUCCUUUGAGAAUCGCGAAAAGGAAGGAGAGAUUAUGAAUAAGUUGGAGGAAAUGGUCAAACAGACGGCGGGCGCUGGUGUUAAUAACAGUUCAAGCAAGUCAGGUAGCAGCACAACAGCAUAUCAGGAGAUAAGGAAACUACUUGAAAAAGCGAAAAAACUGAAGGAAGAAAUUGAGGCGAAUAGGACAAAAGCCUUAUACGCAAGUCGUUCUGCUGAAGAUAAUAUGCUGAGAGCUGUGUAUGGCGACGCUGUGGAUGUUGCAAGAAAUGAGAAUAAAACUCUAGAGCAAGCCAUGAGGGGAAACAAAUCACUGCUGUUCAAUAAUGUCGAAAAUGCGGGCACGAGCUGCGGUUCUUAUGGAGACAAGCUAGUUGGAAAGACACUAAUUAAUGACUUUUUCUGCCUAUGUGUGGGAGAGGCUAAGAAAGUACAAAUCAAGAAAAGUGUAGCAAAAGAUGAAUAUGACCCAACCUAUGACGGUGUUUAUAAUGGGUUUAAUUGUCCCUGCAAGGAUGAGAUGAGGAGACCGAGAAGUGGUAGUUGGACCAUGAUGGCUGAAUUUUGUGUAAGUGGGGAGGAUAAUUGUAACCCUGAAAACAUAAAAUACAACUAUACUGAGGCAUGGGAUGUGAUCAGCAAAGCUUGUGUAUACAAGAAUAUUGCAUCGAAUGUGAAAACCUUAAAGAGUGCACUAGCUCACUUUGAUUCACUAGUAAAUUUGGAACAGGAUAAAUAUCAGGUGAGGGGUAUUCUUGGGUAUGCAAAUGCUGAAGAAAACACUGAUCACAUAUGUACGGGUCAUACUGCUGGAUUCACAUGUGUUAGUUACAAUCACACACUUGAAAAUGGUGGGAUUCCAUGGUACAAUCGUCUUACUAACGCUACUGAGCAACUGCAAGAAAUGGAUAAAUAUGCCAAGGAGGCUGACAGUCAUCUUCAUGAGUUGGAAGAAUACCAACAUGAGGCAGAGGAAAUAUUUCUUGAGGUGAAGCUAGGAGGUGAUGCGGAGCUAUGGAAAAGUAGCCAAGGUAAGGGUGAUGGUGAGGGUGAUAAUACAGUGGUAGAUAAUGAUGGACUUACUCAUUUGAAUAUUGCAACUGGGGGUUUUACAUUAUUAGUUUUAUCUCUUAUUUGUACGCUUUAG